AGAUAGCCUUAGGAUCUGUAAAAAGUCUCUCUUCCUUCUCUCUAAAACUAGAGAGAGAAAGUAGAUCUCGUCCUCUCCUCCCCCUUCUCUCUGGCUUAGAUCUAGAUCUCUUUGGAUCUUGAUUGCCAGCUAGAGAGUAGGGGGAGUGUGUUCGCCGUUCGGGCAGCUAGUCCUAGUGUUUGUUUUCUUGUUUUACGGCUUGUUUCCCAACCCAACCUCAGAGAUCCAGUUUGAUCCAUGAAGAUCGUCGCCGGAAUCAUCACCUCAAUCCUCUUUUCAUCCUUUUUCUUACUUUUCUUCAACCCACCCUACCCACAUCUAGAAAUUGUUCCUCCUUCCUUGGCCAACUGCAACAAGUCUCAUACCUUCUAUUUCGCUAGAAGAAAGUCCCCGAAACUGUACGGUGCUAUGGACUCUCGAAUGACCUAGUCCCUUCGAGGGACAAGUGUGUGGGAGAUCGACCGAGAUUCCACCAUGGGUGCUGGAUAGAAGGCUUGCAACUUCAUGCUACCGAGUAGGGGAAGGAAGACGAUAAAGGAUCCAUCUCGACCUCUCCGACGACGGCAUCUUCCCUGAUGGAGAAGAUGUGUUCUGUGUGGUUCUCAGUUACCACCGACUUGGACUGGGCCCUUGUAUUUCUAGGUUGUUUACUGGGCCAUGUUUGGACCCAUUAUUUCUGUUGUAUGUCAUUUGUUUGUAUCACUUUGGGGCUGGUUAUCCGUUUUAAUGGAUUUUCCUUCCUUUGAUACAAAAAAAACAAAGUAUGCCGUGGUGAAUUUUCAUUAGCGGGUCAAUCACCAUUCACCACUAACUAACCGAAGAUUUGAAUAUCUAUGUUUUUGCAAAUUCAUUAGAUCCUAUUCAAUACACUGUAGUGAAUCCUCACUAGCGGGUCAACCACCACCAGAACGGGUGACUCAGUUUUUUCUCCUCCCCCGCCCCACAUUCAUCCAUGGAACCGGUUCCAAGAGAACCAUCCGGUCUCAUGUAGCCGCUGCUAGAGCUCCACUAUCUUCUAUAACCACCCACGGCGGCGUGUCGAAGAGGAAACCAAAACGAGUUGUAAGUGGGUUAUUUCUGUUCCGGCCACCUCGAGAUUGGUCAAAUACAGAAGCAUAUUACUUCCCCAGAAAAAAAAAAAGAAACGAAAAGAAAAGCAGAAGCCUAUUUUGCCUGGAGUGUCUGAGAAGGUCUCUCAAACUCUCAAAUAGGGAGAGAAAAUGCAGUUGACAGUACUUCCAUACUUCCAUGGCAACAGAGCCUUCAGAUUCCAAGUAAACCCAAACCCCAUUUCGAACCAAUCACCACUCAGAGCUACUAAACCAUCACCUUCCUCCUCUAUUCAACUCACACCAAGAUCCCACUCUCACCCACAAUCGCCGUCUCUCCAAAACCCCAAAUGGCCCCUCCCCUCAACUCCCUUCUCCUCCAUCGCAGCCACCACAAAGAAGCCGCAGUCAUCAGUGGCCCCAGUUCGUUCAGGCAUUUCGUCGAACAGCUUCAGUGCCAAUGGCAAAAGGAGCUUCAGGGACUGGGUUGAAGCGGUGAGUGAGGCUGUCUCCAAUGCAUUUCCGAUAUGGGUUGCUUUGGGGUGCCUCCUGGGCCUCAUCAGUCCCGGUUCCUUCAACUGGGUCACACCCAAGCUCAAUUUUUUCGGCUUAACCCUCACUAUGCUUGGAAUGGGUAUGACCCUCACUUUCAAUGACCUCAGGGACGCUUUGGCUAUGCCCAAGGAGUUGUUCUCUGGCUUCUUUCUUCAGUACUCGGUGAUGCCUUUAUUAGGAUAUUUUGUGAGCAAGCUUUUGAAUCUGCCAUCGCAUUAUGCAGCUGGUUUGAUAUUGCUUGGGUGCUGCCCGGGUGGAACAGCAAGUAACAUUGUCACUUAUAUUGCACGUGGAAAUGUGGCACUUUCAGUGUUAAUGACAGCAGCGAGCACUCUAUCAGCCGUGAUCAUGACCCCUUUUCUCACGGCCAAACUUGCUGGUCAAUAUGUUGCAGUAGAUGCACCUGGAAUGUUAUUCUCAACACUGCAGGUUGUGCUUCUUCCUGUGAUGGCCGGUGCAUUUCUGAAUCAGUACUUCCAAGGUCUGGUUAAAUUUGUCUCCCCCUUGAUGCCACCCAUUGCUGUGACAACAGUAGGUGUUCUUUGUGGGAACGCAAUUGCCCAAAGUUCCUCCGCAAUCCUCAAGUCUGGUCUACAAGUUGUGCUAGCUUCCUCCCUUCUGCAUGCAUCUGGAUUUUUCUUUGGUUACGUGCUUUCAAGGUUACUUGGGCUUGAUGUGGCAUCAUCAAGGACUAUCUCAAUUGAGGUUGGCAUGCAGAAUUCGGUGCUUGGAAUUGUCCUAGCUACUCAGCACUUUGGAAAUCCUCUUACUGCAGUGCCAUGCGCUGUUUCCAGCGUUUGCCAAUCAAUCAUCGGUAGUGCCUUGGCAGGAAUAUGGAGGCGGAGCAUGCCGAAAAAGGAAGAAUGAAAUGUGAAUGUAGAAACUUUAGACGAUCAGUGUAAAGAAUUCUUCUGUUAUCAUAUGAGCUGAUAGUUGUGCCCCUUGUUGGCAUUGCAUAGCACUUUAGCUAUGAGCACUUGGAUUUGCCAUUUAUAUUGGGUGUCUCAGUAACUAUCGAAAUAAACUACGGACAUCGAAACAACACAACGAAUACAUAGAAAGAGUCGAGUAACCCACAUACUGUACUGCCUCCCACUGUUCCCGGGUCAUAACCCGACUCGAUUCUUCGGAUUUGACCCAUGUACCAUUAGAGCAAACGAUGUCGUUUUUGUAGCAAAGUCUGCUCGUUCUCUUAAACCGCGUCAAGAAUUGUGUAGCAGCUACUGUAGAGUUUUGAGUUUCUCUCUUCGUUUUUGUUUUCUGGGUUGAAACCCACCGCCGUCUCACCGGUCACAACCGUGACGUCACCGCGCGAUACCGGCGGCCGUACGACCGGUCACAACGAUUUCUGAAAACGUUCGUUGAACCAGAAUCGAGUCUUCUUGCACUUUUGGCUAGUCCUCGUGAUUCUGCACCAGUGUUGAUCACCUUUCAAGUCUGAAACAGGGUAUAAAUGGAUUCGGAGUCAAAGCGUCAACAACAAGGAGUUGAUAGAAUUAGUGCAUUGCCAGAUGCACUUGUUUGCCACAUACUGUCAUUCCUUCCUACAAUAUAUGCUGUGUGGACCACCCUUCUGUCUAGGAGAUGGAACAAUUUAUGGAGGUCUCUUCCCAAUUUGGACUUCAAUGACGAAGACUUCCCUACCAAGAGGACUGAUCGUUUUAUGAAAUUUGUUGGUCGUGUACUUUCCUCCCGUGGCUCAUCAGACAUUCGAAAAAUCUGUCUUCACAUCCACCAUUGUGAGAACUUCAGUACUGGGGAUUUCUCUCGCGUUCAGAGGUGGAUUCGUGCUGCCAUUAGGCAUAAUAUUGUUGAACUUGAUCUUUCUCUUUGGUUUCAGUAUCGCAAGAAUGAUGAAUUUAAAAUGCCUCUAAGCCUUUUCAAAUGCAAAACACUUGAGGUUUUGUCAUUGCAUUCAAACUGCAUUACCUACCCUGCUGCUACAGGAGGGUGUUUCCCAUGCCUCAAGGUCCUCUAUGUAUCAGAUUUUGAUGAUGACUCAAUGCAGAAACUUUUUUCUCACUUCCCUGUGCUCGAAGAGUUGACUAUUGAUGCACACCUUAGUUUUUACAAUGUUUUGAAUAUCAAAAUCUCUGCACCUGAAUUGAAGACACUGAGAAUAUUGUUGGACUAUCCCAGUAACAACUAUAAGCGUCCCAACAACAUUUUUAUCAAUGCCCCGAAGCUGGAGAACCUUGAAGUCACAGAUGGUGUUUUAACAAAUUACAUUUUGGAGAGUGCAAAAUGUCCAGAAAGAACUAAGAUUGUAUAUAAUGACAGAUGUCUGAUUGCUGAUGAUGUUUGCUUUCGAGAUAAAGAUGAUGUAUUUGAAGAUGAAGCUCCGAGAUUCACUAACCGCGCAGCUGCUUUACUUACAAAAGUUCACAAUGUUAAAUUUCUGUCUCUUGAUGCUCGUCCUAAAUGUUUGGAGGCUUGGUGUGUACCUGCUUUGGAAAACUUGGGCAAACUGGAGCUGGCUCUUCGGGACUGCUACAACUGGGAAUUGCUAACAGAGUUGCUGAAGAGAUCACCUAAGAUGGAAUAUCUUGGCUUGGAACAUAGAAACACCAGUUUUGAUGAAUGGGAGAUCCCAGAGUGUAAAUGGAAUCCACCUGAGUUUGUGCCUAUUUGUUUGUCAUCAAGCCUUAAGACUAUCUGCGUGAAGGGAUUCAAAGGAGGGCAGCAUGAGAUGGAAGUUGCAAAGUACUUGUUAAAAUACGGUGAAGUUUUGAAUACCAUGAUUAUUUCAACCAAGAAUCGGUUCAAUAGGCAGGAUGGUCAUCCAUAUAAAACGGAGGAAGAGCUAUGCGAGGAAUUUUGUGUGUGUCAAAAGGGUUCAAAGAUUUGCCAAGUUAACUUAAUUUAUGAUGCAGGUUCAUAUUUCUAUUGAAAAGUUCAGUUUUCAGUUCUUGAAGGAUUUGGAGUUAAGAACCUUCUUUGUUGAACUUAAGAUGAAUCCAUCUGCUGUAGUUUGUUUAAAGUUAUUAUCCACCUUGUUAGCUUC